AUGUUUUACUGUCAAUUGCCCGAGGUAAGAUUUUCAAAUUUCCUUGAAAUUUUGCCUGAAGUUUCUACCUAAGUCACUUGUAAAUUCCUGAAAAUUUUACCGUUCGCUUUGCACGGAGCGCUGAGAUAUUCAACGAUAAUUGCGAACGAGAGACUAUGGAAAAUGAAGAGAGACGGGUGGAGAAACCCUUUUUUUGGCUAUAAGUCUGCUAGUCUUGGGAGGAAAAUGAUGAUUUUUGGCAAAAAUAUAGCUCUCUGGGCUUGAAACAUAAUGCCAAAUUCGCAUUUUGAAAUUCGCUAAAAAUUUUAAAAUUUUUCCAUUUGUUGGCUUAAAAAUCCCGAUGAUUUCUGUAAAUUGUAAGGUAAAAAAGCCGGAUGAAAGCUCUUACAAAGCUCCACUUUAGAUUUCUACCAAGUUUUAUCACUAUCUGAGCAUUUUUCACAUUUCCAAACUUUCGUUGCGGGACCGAAAUGACUCAUCCCAAAGAUCGGUAUUUUACUUAUUUUCCUUUUCCAAAAUAACUGAAAAGACGAUUCACAGUCACAGUCGGGCUCAAUAAAGGCCUCCAACUUGAAUAGGCGACGUUUUUCCCGUCAAGAAUACGAAAAAAAUUCUUGGAAAGAGCGAAAAUUUCAGGCAAUCUUUUCUGUUUUCCACGACUUUCAUGGCCUUUGUAGUAUCCGAAAACAAUGGAGAAUUAAUAAAUUCGCCAUUUGGAGUGGGGCUGAGUCCAUUUCGCAUUGUUUUAGAGGGGUUUUCGACGAAAUUCGGCUAAAAUAAGGUCCCAUGGAGAGUAUCUUAGCGCCUAGUUACUGUGCAUGCCCUUUCUUGUUAUUUCCGCCUCUAAUUCGGCUGAAAAACAAUUUGUGCAGUUUUUCGGCGCUUUGUUCUCUUGAUUCGAGGCGUUUGGCCAACGAAAUUUCGGCCAUUUCUUGGCCCAGAUUUUUUUCUUGUUUUCCUCGAAUUUUUUUGUAGUUUGAGGUAGAAAAAAACGCGUAACCAAAUUUAAAAUGGCUGAAGAAACGUUACGAAAGCCUUUUCUUUGUUUUUUCAAUGAAAAUUCGUCAACACAAGCAGUUUGGUUUUGUCCCACGACGAAAAAUUUCCGAUUCUUGGCAUUCUGUUGCAAACCAUUUUCUGCGAAAAAAUUGGAUCUUCCAAGUUUUUUCUUGACUUUCUCUCGAAUUUCACACAUUUCUCGACCUUCGAAUCUCUUUUCUCUUCCCCCCAAUCUCACCUCUGUUUACCCAAGGGGCUGAAAUAAUAUAUUAUAAUAUCAAAACAGCUUCCACUGUUUGUACAGUGUAUUUAAUUCGCUCCGUGAAGGCCUUGAUUCAUCUUUCAUGUAGUCGAAACCUUGCCCAGACCGGGUCGGGAAAAGAUGCGCUCAAGGCGGAAAUUCGUGAUUUGCUUUGCUCGGACUUUGUAAAGAGUUUGUUGAAAUUUGAGAUGUUGUUGAUGCCUUUUUGGGGCGGAUGUUGUUGAAAAAGAAGGAAAAUAGUGUUGGGAAGCUUGUGGGAAAUCUACGGGAUGUGUACUGUUUUGUUUUUCUUCACAAUUUUGAGAUUCUUAUAUUGCACUAGGUCCAAUUUUGAAUUUCGAAGAUUUUGAUCGAAAAUUUAAUGUUUUGACAUACAAUGUAAUUGAAUAUGAUGGCAAAUUGAAGGUAUACACUGGAUAAAUAUUUGCGAUUCCUCUGUGAAUACGUUUUCUAACAGAAUUUUUAGAUUUUAUAUUAUACUAGGUCUUUUUUUUUAUUUUUGGAAAAUUUUCUUGAAAUAUCUCGUUUUUUCAAUCAAAUUUUGUCGUGGAUAGUUAGUUCAAGACUUCCACCAUCUAAUAAGAGUUUUAUUUUUUUAGUUCUAGCCGGUCCUUAAUGCUAAUUUAACUCUCUAACAUCUCCUACAUUCGCCAUUAACAAGGUCCCAAAAUCACGGACCGAAUCCAACUAAUAUCCCGUUAGAAUCGACCCUCCGCCACCAAGGUGAAUUCCUCAACGAGAAGCGGCCACGGGCUGGGCCCCGGCAAGUUCCCCACAGCAGAUUUGGAGCCCCGUCAUCAACGGAACGACUCGGGCCAACGACUGCUCAAGGCGCAGGUGGACGAACACGAGGUGCAGAAGAAUCCGGCUCGGAAUUACGUGGUGCGGCAGUCGGGAGACUUUCGACAGGAGCAGAAUGUAAGUCUUUGCGGUUUGGAGUGUUUUCUUGGUUUAGGUUGGAACUGAUGUCAAGUGUAACAUAAAGUUGAAAUUUGCUAAAAUCUUUGCUUAUUAUGGCUUUCACAUCUGUCUUUUGGUAUGAGGUUUGGGUUGAGACCAUAAUCACCAAGAUUUUCGAUUAAAUUCAACAAGAAAUAACAGAUUUCAUAAUCUUUAUCUACUUCAGCAUGGAAAAUAUAAAAAAAAUCAUUUGGAACCCAAUUUGUUGUUCCUUUUUGUUUCUGAUGGCACUGUUAUGCUCUGUAUUAUCUUUGUUUACUGUUACAGCCACGAAUUUCCCAUGUUUCCAUCACCUUCGCCAUGGAUAAUAUAAUUUUAUCUCCCAUUUCCUUUCAGAUUCAUGUUGAGCCGACCUUGUACCUCAGAUCCUCAUCCGCCGCGCAUCGACCUGUCUUCACCAUGAAACGGGCAGUAAAAUCGAUUGGGCAGGCCAUGCCGGCCGUCUUCACUUGGUUUUUGAUAUUGGGUUGCACUUCGGCCUUCUUUUAUUUGGUAGUGCCGGCAUUAAUCAAACAGUUGGGUACAUUGGGUAUGAUGUUGUGCUCAUUGGAUUUGGUAUUCUUCUUAUUUUUGGUUGCGAACUUGUUUAUGGCAACAACAAUGGAUCCGGGACGACAUCCGGCUGGUAAGUUGAUACAUCUUUGAUAUUAUUCUUUCGGUUUUUAGAUGUUAUGGAUGUUUUUAUACUGUAAAAAUACGGUUCGGGGAAUUUUCGAAACGUUUGGAAGCUAUUUUUAACCUGUUUUGCCAAGGUGCGGCAGGUGGAUAAUUUGUAGGCUAAAUUAGCUUACAAAUAAUCCACUUACUGCACCAUUCUUAUUGCACAAUGAAAUUAAAAUGCUGUAAACUACAAAAUAUUGUUAUUUUGUAUUGUCUUGACAAUUUUACAACAAAAAAUUUUCAGCGAUAGCCUCAGAGGAAUCCGUCGAUGACUUCCGAUCCCCACUUUACAAAAACGUCGAAGUGAAUGGAAUCACGGUUCGAAUGAAAUGGUGUGUGACCUGUCGAUUCUAUCGACCACCGAGGUCCUCGCAUUGCUCGGUUUGCGACAAAUGCAUCGACUGUUUCGACCAUCACUGUCCAUGGGUCCACAACUGUGUUGGUCGGCGGAAUUAUCGAUACUUUUUCCUGUUUCUGAUAUUCCUCACACUGCAUAUGAUCUCCAUGUUCAGUCUGUGCCUGACGUUUUGCCUAACUACGGGGUAAGUGAAAAAAUUUUUUUGGAAUUUUUUAUUGUUUUAGGUCAGAAAUUGAUGAAAAAUGCUAAAAUUGAUGUGUUUUUAGUGUGAAUUUGCGGCAAGAAUACCUGUCUCCGCCCUACCUCUGCUCCUUGAUCCUAAUGGGCCUGUUUGUUCUGCUUUGUUUCCCCAUCAUCGGCCUCACCGGCUUCCAUGUUGUACUUGUGGUCAGGGCCCGCACAACCAACGAACAAGUGACCGGCAAAUUCCGCUCCGGCUACAAUCCAUUCACCGAGGGAUGCUGGCAAAAUCUGUCCAAGGCGUUGUGCACAAGUCAGUACCCGAGUUAUGAAUCGGCACCGAAAAAGGCGGCCAUCAGACAGUCCGACAGCUUAUCGGUACUGUAUGUGCCGGAUAAUACGAGCAAAAAGGAUGGCCAUAUUCCUGUAAGUUGCUUGGAUGAAGGUUUUGAGUGGUUUUGGAGGGUUUCCGAGCGGUUUUGGGGAAAUUCAAGUUUUCGUGGUGGGACCCAAAAUGGAGUCAAGAAGAAGAAAAAGACUGCUAACGCUGUCAAUAGAGCUAUAUAGGGUUGAUUUUACACUCAAUUAAAUGUUUUUACAGAGAUUUGAAAGGAUUCAGGUUUUCGUUGUGGGACCUAAAAUGCAUCAAAAAGAUGGAAAAAAACUGCAAAAGCGGUUGGUAGAGCUUUUUUGGAGUUGAUUUUACACUCGAUAAAAUUAUUUUACAGUGAUUUGAAAAAUUUUCAAGUUUUCGUGGUGGGACAAAAAAAAUUUUUUUUAUAGUGUAGUGCCCAAAAAUAGAUUCAACCGUUGCUCGGAAAGACUGUGGUAUGAUAAAAAAUAUUUCCAGAUGAAAAACAUGAUCACCGUCUCCAACUCGUACGAGUCCAAAGACAUUGCGAAUGUCACGGUAUAA